AAGUGAAGUUAAGCUAAGCCGUUAGCUAACGAAAAGUGCUACAAACAUUAGCUUUACUGAUGUGUGGAAGUUUUUUCACUGUAAGUAGCGAUGAGUUCAGUCCAGAAUCUGAGAGAGUUGAUCAACGAGCGACUAACUGCUGCUGCUGAAGAAAUAUUCACGGAGUUUGAGAAAACCAUCGUCCAGUACGAGGAGGAGAUCGAUCGUCAGCGCAGACUGCUAGAUAACAUCUGGAAACCCGAGAUAAAGUUACACACAACAGACCUUCUACAGCAACAUGUCCAGGAGGAGAAUGUUCUUGAAGAGCAGAAUCUCUGCAACCACAAGAGGAAUUCCAAUCUGGACCAGGAGAACCCAGAGGUUCCACGGAUGAAAGAAGAGCAGGAGGAGCUCUGCAUCAGUCAGGAGGGAGAGCAGCUUAUACAGAUGCAAGAAGCCGAUAUGCUGAUUCAAUGCAAAUCCGAAUGUGAAGAAAUCUCCAUAGAAAUGUUGAGAGUUUCCAGUAACACACUCGACCAGUUCGAUGAAGAGAUCGAUUAUCAGCGCUGGCUGAAGGAUAUCAUCGGGAAACCACGAAUAAUGCUACACAGAAUCGAUCUCCCACAGCAGCAACAUGUCUAUGAAGAGGGGAUUGGUCUCACUGACCAGGAGCUAAGUAACCAGGAAGACUCAGGGCCUUCACAGAUUAAAGAGCAACAGGAUCAACUCUGCUCCAGCCUGGAUGAGAAGGACCGAGAGCCUUCACACAGUAAUGAUGAACAGGAGCAACUAUGCACCAGCCUGGAUCAGAAAGAGUUAGAGCUUCCACAGAAUAAAGAGGAACAAAUGAAACUCUGCACCAGUUUGGACCAUAAGGACCCAGACCCCCCACAGACGAAAGAUAAACAGGAGGAACUUUGGACCAGUCAGCAGAGACAGCAGAUUAUACUGAAGCAAACAACGGACACCUUUCUAUCAACUCCAACUGAUGAGGACAGUGACUACAGUGCACUAGACCCAAUCAGCGACCAGCUCCUCUCUUAUAAUUUGCCAGUAGGUCAGAGCCCACAUAGGGAAGGAGGUGAGCAUGUAGACUCAGAUUCACCUACAAAUGCUGUGCUAAAGCCAAAGAAAAGUCACGAGUUAGUCAGUCAGAUGAACAAUGUAGACAAGUCUUCACUGUCAGAAAGUCAUUGUGAUACUGACACAGGUAAAAAGUCUGUAAGAUGUGAUGUUUGUGGAAACACCUUUACGAAUAAAUACCAAAUCAAGAAAUGUCACCAAAUCCACAAAGCUGGAAAAUCAUAUGCUUGCAAGACAUGCAGAAAAAAUGUUAGUUUUCAUAGGAAGGUGUACCCUUGUGAAAGAUGUGGAAAAUGUUUCAACCAAAGUGGCACUCUGACUAUCCACAUGAGAACUCACACAGGUGAGAAGCCGUAUUCUUGUGAGACAUGUGGGAAAAGUUUUCAUCAACGUAGUAAUCUGAUUGGCCACUUGCGAACACACACAGGUGAGAAGUUGGUUUCUUGCAAAACAUGUGAAAAAUCUUUCAGUAAAAGUAGUAGUCUGAUUGUCCACAUGAGAACUCACACAGGCGAGAAGCCUUACUUUUGUGAGACAUGUGGCAAAAAUUUCAAUAAGAGAAGUAUUCUGACUGUCCACAUGAGAACACACACAGGUGAGAAGCCGUAUUCUUGUAAAACCUGCGGAAAAAGUUUCACUCAACGCAAUGGUUUGUUGUUCCACUUGAGAACACACACAGGUCAGAAGCCUUAUUUUUGUGAAACAUGUGGCAAAAGUUACAGUCAACGUAGUAAUCUGACUGUGCACAUGAGAACUCACACAGGUGAGAAGCCAUAUUUUUGUGAGAUAUGUGGAAAAACUUUCCGUCAAAGUAGUCUUCUGACUGUCCACAUGAGAAAUCACACGGGUGAGAAGCCUUAUUUUUGUGAAACAUGUGGCAAAAGUUACAGUCAACGUAGUAAUCUGACUGUGCACAUGAGAACUCACACAGGUGAGAAGCUGUAGUUCUGGAACAACGGUGGGAACAGAGCUUGAAAAAACAAAAUGCUUUACAUCUUUCAGGGUAAAAAUAGGUCUUGUUGAUUUAAAGUGCCUUUAGAACGCUUCAACAACGAUUCUAUGAGUUUACUGGAUGUCAGAUUGUGAUACAUAAAUACUGAAUUAUCUAUCAACUAUGGAUCUUGAGCAACUUUUACAGAAGCACAUUGUAUUUACAAAAGACAGACAACUGGAGACAUCAUAGUUGACCUAAUAGUUAAUUUAAUGUUGUUUAUCAAUUUCUGCUAGAGCUAAGUGGGAUAUAAAUGUAUAAAUAUAAAUGUGUUUUUUUGGUAAGUAAAUUAUUUUAGCAAUUGUCAAGUCAUGAGUUCAUGUAUAUGUACAUUAGUUGUAGUCCAGUUAAUGUUACUUUCUGUUACUAAUGUUUGUACAAAAUUAAAUUCAACCAGUUUGUAAUGCUGUAAAAUCUUUUAAGUAACAGACCUAAUCGUUUUCAUAUCAGAUAAAGAUUCAGCUUUCUAAAUGACAAUUUCAUUUUAAAGAUCAACCCGGAGAGAUUUCUGUUUCCUUCAAAGUAAUUUGUUCAGAUCAGAUGACUUUGAUGUCACACACUUUAGGUUUUGCUUUGUGAGUGGUGUAUUUAGAUGAAUUGUAAUGCAAUUGUAUAAUUAUUUAUAUUGAUAUUUAUUUGAACAUUUCCAGAAACAGAUUAUUUAGUUAAGUUCUGUUGGUACCUUCAGUCUGGUUGGUUGAUAAAAUGAUGAAGAUACAUGGCUUUGGUGUCGCUGUUUGUGUGACAUAUUUUAACACUAAAAAUAAAAUUGUUUCUUUCACUAA